ACACACACACACACACACACACACACACGCACACACACAUUAAAUAGAUUACAAACUAUUGACUUCUACAAAGUUACAGCCUGCAGCUGCAAGCUCAUUUUCAUGCCACCCUAAUAAGAGACUGACUUGAACCAUUUCCAGCAUUCAUUGCUGGCUCUUCUCUGUACUGCCCAGCAUUACAGCUGAAGUGAAGAAGCUUUUGAAAUGCACACAGUUUUGGCAGGAACAGGUGUCUCUUCCCUUUAUACGGAAUAUGAGGAAAAUGAUGAUGUUAUUUUUGCAAAAUGGAUGAGCAGUUUUUGGGGGCAUUCAUGGAUGGAUGAAACAGAGAAAGAGAUUAGAGCACGGAAGAAACGCCAUUCUAGAGCACUGAGUGAAAGGCGAGCAUCUCUGCCUUGUCCAUCCCAGCUAUCUGCUAUGCAGCUUACUGAGUUUCAUUCAUCUUCAAAAGGACAGUCUACUAUGUAUCCAAAAUUUCUUAAGCAAUCUAGAGAGGAUAUUGAAGUCAAAUGCCAUGCUCAUCUGAAGAUUUGUAAAACCUCAUCGAUGGAUACUUCUUUGCCAAGGACUUCAGUUCCCAAAAGAAGAUCUAAUUCCAUUCAGGGGCUUCCAGAAUCCUUUGAAAAACAUCUCAGAAUAAGAAGCAGACAAGUCACUUCAACAGCUGGACAUCCAGAUGGUUCAGGGAGGAGAAGGUCAUCAGCAGGGUGGCAUGACUGGCUGAGGAGAAUUGCACCUGGCAUUCACAGCCGAGAGGAAGGAGAGGGUGAAGAUGAAGUCCAAUGCGUCAUAUGUCAUGUUGACCAGAAGACUGGAGGUCCUCUUGAGUUCAGCUGCAACCAUAAACUUCACAAAGAGGCUGGUCAUUUGGAAGUACCAUCAAGAAGAAGGUCAUCAUCUGCAUGGCAAGACUGGUUAAGGAAAAUUGCACCAUGGACCCACAACAGAGAAGAUGAGGGUGAAGAUGAAGCCCACUGUGUCAUAUGUUAUGAUGAAGCUGCCAGCGAACCCAACUGCAGCCAUAAGCUUCACAAAGAGCCUCUUCAUGCAGAAAUACCACCAAGAAGAAGACUGUCUUCAGGGUGGCAAGACUGGCUGAGAAAAAUUGCACCAGGGACUCACUGUUGGGAGGGAGAGAAUAAAGAUGGUGACAGUGAAACUCACAAGAAUGAUGUCCAAGAAUGAAAAUGAGACAAGAGCUGGUAUCAUAACCUACUGCUACUUAUAGAAGGCACCAUUUAUACCACGAGGAAUGGAGAAUCUGCACAGACACUAUUACUGGUCGAGUUUGUUAUUCAUAUGUAAACGAUUUACUGAGGAAUUUGAUGAAUUUGAGAAAAUAAAUAGUAAUGGCUUUGGGAUUAAGUUUUCUAAAUAUGUGAAUAAAGAACAUAUCUGCUUUCUGGAUUUGGUGUUUUGGGAUGAAAAUAAGAACAUUUGUACAAAAUUAUAUAAAAAAGAUGCAUUGACAUAGAAAGUUUUUGAUGGAAACAGUUGCCACCCUAGGCAUGUUUUAAGGUUUUUAUUAUUAGGGGAAUGCUUGUGUAUCAGAACAGCUUGCACUAGUUGGGAUGAUUUUAUUAAUUAGAUACAGAAUUUUUAUACAGUUUUUUUAAUGACCCCAUGGAGAUAGACAAAGAAGCUUAUCUUGAAACUUGCAUUAGGACUAGGAUAAAUUUAUUAUCACAGAAAUUGAAUGAGUAUAAUAUAGCUGUAAAUUUCAAAGUUAGUAAUAGUAGAGUGAUUUAUCAAAGAAUAUAAUGUAUUUGCAAACAUGAUAGAAAUGAUGCCAAGAAAACACUGGGAUAUACUGAGAGACAAUAAACAUUUAAGUUAUGAAAAUGUAAAAUUAUUUCCUAUAAAAAGGUAGAAAUGAAUAGGAUAUGAUAGUACACAGUUUAUUGAAAAAUAAUUAAACUAUUUAUUAGUGGACAGAAGGAACUUUUCCUGUGGCAGUUGCAAUACCUGUAGGUAUCUGAUGAAUGUAGUGAAGUAUAUCAAUAAGAGAAACUUUCACCACAAUUAUACACUAAUACAAAAGUGGUUAUAUAUGUAAUAAAUUAUGUGUGCAGACUAAAUUAUAUUGAACAAAAAAGGGAACUUAAGGUGAGGAUACAAAUGCAUAUAAAUGAUGUAAAAAAUAAGAGGUCUGAAAAUCCAGUAUCAGAACUUAUUAAUAAACAUAAGGGAGAUGUAAUUUUGAUAACAGUAUACAGUUUAUAACAUAUUAUAUGAACUGUGAGGCAUGACCUUUUAAGAAUAUUUAUUAAAAUACAAAGCUGAAAUAAAUUUGAAGUUAGACUUUGAAACCCCAUAUUCCAAGGAAUGAAAUAGAAUAGAAAUAUAUCAUGAUUAACUGACUGUGCAUUUAGAUGUUAUGAUUAUAAUUCCUGCUAGUGAUACAUAUUUUAAUUUAUUUUCUUUUGUUUUUAGAUUUUUUUCAUAUUUUUUGACAUGUUUUUCUUUUUAAUUAGUAUAGAAUUAGUGAAUUAAUUGAUUGUGGGUCAUGUGACUUGGGUUGCUUAUUUAAAGAAUGGCUUGGUAAUUGUGAAUAUUUUAAGUCUUUAAAAGCAUGUUGCUAAGGCACUAGACAUAAUAAAGUUUAAAUUCGGUGGUUCAUCUAAUAUUUUAUUUCAUAGUGGUAUAAAUAUUUGAGAAUACAUGGCAAAACUCAAAAGUUAAACACAUUUCAGUCCUUUGGAAGUACAAGAAAAUUAUCCAAAUUUUCUUUCUUCAAUAAGGCAGUUUUAACAAACAAAAAUGACUAGAGUGCACAAUUUCACUUCUUUUUUUUCCUGGGAAAAAUGCCUCCAAACCCCCUACAGAUCUGGGUAUUUAUUUUGCCCCUUAAAGUUUGGAAUUGUACAAAGUUUCUGGUGGCUGCAUGCACACAUAAUUUAUCAUGGAAAGGCAGAAAACUUGCCAAAUGUUUUUCAGUAUAAAGGCUUGUCAGCAUACCUCUCAACCUCUUAGUGCAAGAAUUCUGAACAAAUUCAACAUUUGGGGGAAAAGUUCCACAAAUCAGGGAUAUAUUAAAUAUUGCUGUUAUAAAUGUAUAGUCACUAGUACAACAGGGGUUUUGUAUUAGCAUAAGUUUUUUUGAAGAUUUAACUCAAACUCAAAUGUCUGUCAUUAUUUAAUGACUUAAAUUCUUAAUGGCUUGAAAACCACAAAUUGUAUGAGCAAUGGACCAAAAAUAUGAGUCACACAUUUGGGCAUUCUACAAAACUCUGGACAGAUGAGAGAGGUCUAUAUUAGAUCACCGAACACUUAAAGCGAACAUGAUUAAUCGACCCUAUGUAAGCAAAAGCUUACGA